UCUCAACGGUAGAAAACGGCUCGACUUCUCACGGUGCAAACUUAACGUCGGUGAGCGCGCAGAGAAACGUUAAUAUCUUAAUGAUGUGUUUGUUUUUUAAUCUAAAAGAAAUGGCGUAGACAUUACCGCUUUUUACCUCCACCGAUGAGAGAGGAAACACCGGUGUGUCUGCGUGGAUAGACGAGCUGUUGGUUUAAGGUUCAUGUGUGUGUGUGUUUUUUUUUUUCCUCCGGCAGUUUCCCAGAUUCUGGUACGAGCGAUGGACGAGAGACGUGGCUUGCUGUGGAGCGCAGCAGGCCUGGAUCCUGCUAUCCGACAGCAGGGCUGAGGAGCUGCAGAGGAGUGAGGAGUCUCCCCAGCCCUCACCUGAAUAUCAGUCCCCAGCUGCACCCUUUGGGACAACGUCAAGCAUUCCUGUCUUUCUCGCAGUCAUUUUCCAGGCUGUCAGUGUGUAGCUUAGUCUUCAACUAACCUUUGUUGAAAUUUAAGAAGCAAAUACAUUCAGCCAGCCUCCUCAGGUGGCCCCUGAUUGUUGUUUUAUGAAUCUGACUCCCAAACACACACAACCAUGAGGAACACCAGAUUUAGCCUUCUGCUGGGCUGUGUGCUCCUCUGCUCCGCCUCCCUGCUCUACCUGGGCAUGAGCGGGAUAGACUGCCCUCCAAAAAGCCAUCGGUACCGGUGGAUGGAGCUCAACCUGGGCUCAGCCAAUCAGAGCUUAUCCCUGACUGAACACUUCCCCGAAGACACGCCCCUCAUAUUCAUUGGCGGCUUUCCCAGGAGCGGCACCACGCUGAUGCGCGUCAUGCUGGAUGCCCACAGUCACGUGCGGUGUGGGGAAGAGACCCGAGUGAUUCCCCGCCUCUUGGCCAUGCGGGCCACCUGGAGCCGCUCGGUGAAGGAGAGGAUACGACUGGACGAGGCCGGCGUCACUGACCAGGUGUUGGACUCGGCCGUACGAGCAUUCCUGUUAGAGGUGAUAGUCGGCCAUGGGGAGCCUGCACCUCGCCUUUGCAACAAGGAUCCGUUCGCCUUGAAGUCUCUGUCAUAUCUGUCACGCAUCUUCCCCAAAGCCAAAUUUGUGCUCAUGCUACGAGACGGACGGGCAACUGUCCACUCCAUGAUAUCACGCAAGGUCACCAUCUCUGGGUUCGACCUGACCAGCUACAGGGACUGUCUGACCAAGUGGAGCAGCGCGGUGGAGACCAUGUACAGUCAGUGCCAGGCAGCUGGGGAGGGCAGAUGUAUGCCCGUCCGCUAUGAGCAGCUCGUCCUCCACGCAGAGGAGGAAAUGAGGAAGUUGCUUCACUUCCUAGAGCUGCAGUGGGACCCGUCGGUAUUGCACCACGAAGAGCUGAUUGGGAAAGUCGGUGGUGUGUCUCUGUCCAAGUGGGUAUUUGAAAUGGUUGAGCGCUCCACAGACCAGGUGAUGAAGCCGGUGAACACGGAUGCCCUCUCGAAGUGGGUUGGACACAUUCCCUCCGACGUUAUAAAUGACAUGGCUGAAAUUGCCCCCAUGCUGGCUCGCCUGGGCUAUGACCCCAACGCCAACCCUCCCGAUUACGCAAGAGCAGAACCCAUGUUAUCUCCGUUCAACUACUCACAGAAUUUGAAAGCAACAGAGGCUCCACACCCGAGUUAAGCGGGAAGAGGAAAAAAUGCUGUGAACCAGGCUUUCGCUGUUACGCGAUAUGGAUGCACCUUUAACACGGACUUCCAGCUCAGCAGUAAAUACACCUCACAGGAAAGUUUUUAAAGUGUUCCAUGUGUAUUUUUCAAUUGUUUGUAAGACUUGUGUGCGGUGUUAAUGUCUGUAUACAACUGGAGGGGAUCAAAUAGAGAUGUUUCAAUACCAGUUUUUCCCUUUUUCCCUCCUGAUACCUGAACUUCAUAUAUUUAUAUAUAUAUAUAUAUAUAUAUAUUUAUAUAUAUAUAUAGGUUGGUAUCAUAUUGUUGUGAGUCGUGACUUCGCAAAAAGGCAUCCUAUUUUGGGGAUAAUAAAUCAUGUGAUAUCAGAUCCGUGCACAGAUGCACAUACUCACCGAUACCACAUUUUGGCCAUAUCGGAGGAAUAGGAGGAACAGUUUAAAUUACGGACUCUUCAAGGCGGUUCUGGUUUUAUAUCUUGGCUCUGAGAACCGCAUGUGGACUACCUGCUCACAUUUCCUCCAGGGUGAACCGACAGUAUUACACUGCAUUUUGACACGUCCUCUCACAUCGUACCUGAAAGUAUUUCAACAUGUCUGUAAGUUGUUAUGAUUCACCACAAAUGUGAAUGUGUCUUUAGACAAAAGUCUUUCACUUACUGAGAUUUCAGUCAGUGUUCAUGAAGCAUAAUGACUGUAUAUUUUUGAAGACGUAUGUUUAUUUUCUUAAUAAAUUAUUUUGGUGUCGACCAUUCAUUCAGGAAUCUAAAAAGUUGUUUACUCUGAAUUCAGGCUUUUCAAUUGUUGUAUAUUGUUGAAGACGAAUAAAAAGAGCCUAAAUGUCA